AUGUACAUCCAAUACCGGCUAUUCAGCGAGCACUCCCUGUGGAGACUGCUCGAAAUAAACAAAAGCGAGAACUACAUUUUGGCCAGCGAGCUGAAACACAUCAUCUGCAAGCAGAGCAACAUCAACUAUAAUAAUAAGAUUGAUAUUUAUUUUUCCGUGUACAAGGAUGACGACGAGGAGAGUGCGGUGAGCGGGGUGAGCGGUGUAGGCGGAAUCGGCGGCGGAGUUGGCGGAGUUGGCGGAAUCGGCGGAGUCGGCGGCGCGGACCACGAGGUGGCCUUCUUGAAUCCCGAGGACAAAGUAUACAAUGGGACGAAGAUACUCAUCCACAGACACAUCAAAAAGAAAUCAAGUUUGAGUGAUAUUACUCAUGAAGCAAAAAAAGAAAUAAUUGUGGAUGUUAGAGAAGAAGAAAAAAUUAACGUCCCAAAUGAGUUCCUUUGUAUAUUAUGUAACUACAUCCUAGUCGAUUCGCAUAUCCUUGUGUGCAGUAACAACUGUGGUUACUCGGUGUGUAAGACGUGUGUGUUAUUCUACAUUCUGAACAAGCUUGUGGUACAUGAUGAGAAAAAAAACAGUGCUGUUAUUGAUCAGUCCAAACUGAAGGAUAACUAUGUACAGUGCCCCCUCUGCAACGGAUACUUGAAGUACUGCAUUUGGAAUAAAAAGCUUGACCUAACUUUAAAAAAAAUUAUACACGAACGGAGUGAUAUCGACUCGUUUAAACUCAACGUUGAAGAAAGGAAUGGUCGAUUCCUACGCAUCGUAGAAAAACUGAAGAUCGAAAAUUUCCCUCCCUCAGGAAGUAGCACCAAAGAAAAUAUAUUCGAAAACGACGUGUUCAAAGCGAUUGAAGCGAAAUACAUUAUCUCCACUGCGAACAGAAAGACAGAUGAACCCUCCAGACAGGAGGAACUAAAAAUUGCUAACCAUUUCCUCUAUCUCAUGACCAACAAUAGACAAAACUGCACAAAGGAAUUUAACAUGAUUUUCCUCGAGUUUGAUAAUCCUAUUUUUGACACAGUGCAGAAGAUGAGCGUUAGGGCUGCGUAUGAUCAUCAGAAAGCAGUUGUGGAGAGCGCCGAGGAUGACGUCGACGAAGAAUUGUAUGCCCAGAACAAAACCUACAUCAUGCCCAUCUCAUUUGUGGGGGGAGAAACAUCCUACUCGUUAAUCGGUGUCUUCUAUGUGAAGGGUCUCUUCAAGCGGGUAUCAACCUCAAGCACUGAUGGAGACGAGGAGAAGCAGCAAGCCAUUUUGAAAAGCUUUCUCCAAAAGUGGUUCUCCGAUGAGGUGAAGGCUAAUCAGAAGAACCCAUCCGAAAUGCAGAACCCCUUGGAAUGGCUCAAGUCUGGAGAUGUAUACACCCUAGAGUGGAUUCAAAAGUACGAAAAGACGUGCUUCUUCCCUGCGAGGAAACAACCAAUAUAUAAUAUAAUCAAUAGUAGACGACAAAGAGGUAGGAAAAAAAAUAACAUCGAAAUAGUCCUCGAUUUGAGAAAAUUUUUGGAUGUCGUUUUGAGUGUAAAUAAUUACAUAAAGUAUGGGAGUCGGCCAAAUAAUUACGAGACGAAGAAGGGGGUAGGUCCUCAGGGUGUUGUUCUGUCCUCGAAUGUAGAAGAUGAAGAAGGGAAAAAGAAAAUGGCUCCUACCAGGAUAGAUAAUAACGUAGGAGAUCCGACUUCGUGGCUACACGCCAUUGGCACUGUAGAUGUUAAGGGCGGCUAUCAGAAUGACAUGGCGAAAGAAAGGUUGCCAAUUUUUACCACUGAAGCAGGGGAUGCAUCAUCUGCAUCAGCUGGAUUGACAAAACAGAGCGAGUUUCAGGAGAUCUUCGAAAUAAUGUAUGACACAAGAGUUUCUCCUGUGACAAUUGCGGGUAGCAGUUUCAGUGUUAGUAAUCCUUAUUCUGACUAUUGUGCCCUUUUACCUUUUUUGACGAAGGAGGAUUUUUUCUUCCUGCGAAAGCUGCAGCGGAUUUACAAGGAGAAGUACCUGCGGCAGUUGUACCGCCACGUGCGUAGAAACGACCUGAGCAUGAACAUAUUUUUUAACGCCGUCAACUCGGUUUUUUUUUCGAGCCCCAGGUGGCAGCGGUAG